CUCCAUCUUUCUCGCUUUACCCUUCACGUCCACCUUUCUAUCGUUGCUGGCUCGCGUAUUGGCGUCGAUCCUUGUUAUCCCAGUACCCUUUACUCCUCCAUAGACCUUACCGUUCUCGCAUACACACGCAAUGAAGUCCUUUACCCUUCCUAUGGCCGUCCUGGCCACUCUCAGCGUCGCCCGCGCUGAGAUCUCCGUCAGCGAGUGUGCCAACAUGUGUCUUAGCAACAUGCUUGCCAUGUCUCAAGAGCUCGGCUGCGAUGAUGGUGAUUUGGAAUGUCUCUGCGGAACUCCCGACUACCGAUACGGCAUUCGUGACUGCACUACCGAGGCCUGCCCCGGUGAUAAUGCCAAUGAUGUCCUUCAGGCCGUUCUUGACGAGUGCCCAGGCCAGUCAGGCAGUGACCUUACCCUGACUCCCGAUCCUACUUCUACCCAGACCGCGUCUGGCACUGCCACUGGCACUGGUACUGAAAGCGCCACUUCCUCUGCCGGCGCUGGCGAUAACGGUUCGUCGACUAUCUAUGGUGACGAUGCCUCGACUAUCGUCGGCGGCGGUUCCUCGACCGUCGUUGGCGGCGGUACCUCGACCAUUGUUGGCGGCGGCACCUCCACUAUCCUCGGAGACGACACUACUAGCGUGAUUGGCGACGACUCUACGACGGUGGUUGCUAACGGCGCCACAACCGUUAUCGGCGCUGUCACCACUACUGGUGCCAAUGGUGAGACGACUACCACUGAGACUACUUCGACCGGCGGAAGCUCUACCGGUCCUUCUAGCACCGGAUCUCCUUCUCCUACUCAGUCUCCUAGCGGUUCUCCUUCCCCUACCACGACUACACUGGUUACUUCUACUAGCAGCUCGACCUCCUCCGACGAUCAGGGAACCGCUGCUUCCAACACUUCCACCAACAGUGAUGGCAGCCAGACUUCCACUGGUAGCGACUCUGGAUCUAAUGCCGAGGCUACAGACGCCCCCACCAACGCUGCUCCCCGCAUCGCUUUCCCUACCGGCGCUGCUGGUGCACUCGGUCUUGCAGCCCUCAUGGUUCUGUAAAUGAACUGACUAUAACGACACGCCAUUGCUUGCGCUGCUCAACUGCCUCUUACGCUAAUGAUGUAUGGUGGUGAUGAUUACUGGGCCCUAAUGUAUAUGUUAUGACGGGUUAUGUUGUACUAAUGGCCAUUGGUAAAUACGCUUAGUGUCAAUAAUUAACUGAUACGAUCCUUACUACUUGUUCAUAAUUGCCCACGGAGAAGAUUAGACUUCUGUACACGAUAGAGUACAAGUGGUAUAUUUGUGCAAGGAUUGAUUCGAAACUGCCUUGAAAUCGUUUCCUGGGCUUUGACGCCCUAUGAGCUAAACAAAGUUCUCCGCUUAACGAGUCUACACUUGAAUCCAACUGGCGCCAGGGUCUCACUUGUUCUUUAUUAUUUUUGAGAUUCGCGC